GUAUCAGACGGUCCGCCACGCCGCGUGGACGCGUCGCUUUGUCGCUCUGAACCGCAUACAGCUGACAGUUACCGGGACCGCAGUGCCAAGGGACUGUGUACUUUGUGAAUCUAGUGCUGUUUUUGACGGAUUCAAAUUGCAGUGUUGUGUUGUGUAGAGCGUUAGAAGCGUGUGAUGCGCUCGUAAAGUGAUGUUCAUCAAAGCCGGGCCUCCGGCCGAGGAGGAGCGCCGGGGUUCGGUCUCCAACUGGUUUUCUUCACUACGGCGGGGCGGGCGACGGCGGCGCGAUGAACCCUCGCCGUCCAACUACGGUUCCCUGGGCCGGCGUAAGGACACGCAGCCCCGCGGCAAGACCAGGUCUGCCUGGGACCUAACCUCUGUUUCUAGACUGCAACUCAAAGAUGAGCUCGGCGAGGUGGUCGCAGAGCUGGAGGCCCUGGACGGGCAGGAGGAGUGCAAACAGAACAGCAAGGCCAAACAGAUGAGCAUCGGCAGGAAAAAGUUCAACAUGGACCCCAAGAAAGGUAUUGAAUACCUGUACGAGAACGGUCUCCUCCAGAGAACACCCGAGGACGUAGCACAAUUUCUUCACAAGGGCGAGGGACUGAGCAAAACCGCUAUCGGGGAUUACCUCGGCGAGCGCUCGGACUUCAACGAGGCCGUGCUACGUGCCUUCGUGGAGCUGCACGACUUCACGGACCUCAUUCUGGUGCAGGCACUAAGGCAAUUCCUCUGGAGCUUCCGUCUCCCCGGCGAGGCUCAGAAGAUCGACCGCAUGAUGGAGUGUUUCGCGCAGCGCUACUGCCAGCUCAACCCGGACAUCUUCACCAACGCCGAUACCUGCUACGUGCUCAGUUUCGCCAUCAUCAUGCUCAACACUUCACUACACAACCCUAGUGUUAAAGAGAAACCUGGGCCCGAGCAGUUUGUCGCUAUGAACAGAGGGAUCAACAAUGGAGGAGAUUUACCACAUGAAUUGCUCUUGUCAUUAUACGAGUCUAUAAAGACGGAGCCGUUCAAGAUACCGGAGGACGACGGAAACGAUCUCAUGCACACGUUCUUCAAUCCCGACAAGGAGGGGUGGCUAUGGAAACAGGGCGGCAGAUACAAGUCGUGGAAGAGACGGUGGUUUAUACUCAAUGACAACUGCCUGUACUACUUCGAGUACACGACGGACAAGGAGCCGAGGGGCAUCAUUCCACUUGAAAAUAUAUCUGUGCGGCCGGCGGCGGACCGGCAGCGGCCGCACUGCCUGGAGCUGUACGCCAGCGGCGGCGCCGACCUCAUCAAGGCCUGCAAGACCGACUCCGAGGGCAAGGUCGUCGAGGGCAAGCACACCGUCUACAGGAUGUCUGCAUCGGCGGCGGAGGAGCGCGACGAGUGGAUCGAGUGCCUGCGCCGCUCCAUCAGCCACAACCCCUUCUACGACAUGCUCGCGCAGCGCAAGAAGAAGGCGCAGCACCACCACCACCACCACCCCGCCCACUAGCGCUCACUAGCGCUCACUAGCGCGCACUAGCGCACACUAGCGCACACUAGCGCUGCUCCACUACUCCUCUACCCACACGGCCCACUCCACUCUGUAACUGUCCUGUUGCAGCCAAACAGCGUGAACAGAUAGGAAAUAUGUAAAACGAUACGCUGUUUUGCCGUAAAUGAGUAGUGUUAGUGGCCUUUUGCCCGGCCGGCACGAUGGUAUCGGCUAAAAGAGCUCAUACCGUUUCGGAACUGAUAGUCUUUCACACGCUGUUCCUCGACUUUCCCCGUAUCCUUCGUGAUAGCUCGGCUCAUUAUCUGAUCGGCACGACAGUUCUGGAUCUACGAGCUCAUAUCGUUACGGGACUGAUUUUACUAGAAAAAAGUCGUUUUAUUUUCUGGUUUAGUAGCAUGAUUGUUUUCCGAACUAGUGUUGAACAUAAAAUGUUAAAAAUAACACAUGUUGACGCUGUCAAAUGAAGAAAAGUUCUGCAGAGUAUUUAUAUUUUAAUAUGCAGCUGCAUACUUACACUUCGGCAGUGAUGCUACAAUAAAUGGAAUAAAAUAAUAAUUCAAUGCGGAGAAACGUCGCUAUGGCGGUGUGCUCGAAGCAUUUGUACGUAGCGUACAAAUCAGCAUCUGGCUAAUCUGAUUAAUUUUGGGGCCUACUGCGAAAAGCUAAAUUUGUAUAUAUGGUGACCUUAACCAUUGGACAAACCCUGAAAUCCCACGUAGGGUUACUUCUCAGGAAUGCUCUGACGUUAAUAUUUUUUUAAUUAGAACAAAAGAUAAAACAUUUUUUCCAAUAAUCGACAACAAAAAGAAACACACACUGUGUUAAUCUUUGGCAGUGUUUUUGACAAUUUGUUCGAAAUAUUUGAUAACGAUGACAUUUUUCAAAAGUCAGAAGCUUAUUAGUGUCAUAAAUAAAAAAGAUAAUCAAAAAGGUUGAAGAAGGUUCCAUACUAUUCUUUGAGGAUAUUACCUUAGGAACUACUAACACAUACGGGCUGCUCCAAAGUAAAAAAUGGUAAUUUGUUAAUUUCUUCGAAAUCGCUACACCGGUUGUUAUGAUACUUUGUACACUGGUUCUAAAUAUCCUAAUGCAUAUGUACAUUUCGGCUUUGUCCAAUGGCUAGGGACACACUGUAUAAUAACAUAUGUGCAUCACUCUAAAGAGACCAGCUUUAGGUAUUCGCGGUAAGCUCUCGGUUAACACCUAGUGCUCACAAGAUAUAAAUGUAAACUCUAUUGUGACGAUUAGAAUUGUUUUAUAAAACGACUCUUCUAUUCCGACGCUCGUUUCACUUUUUUUCGCAUAGUAAAUGGUAUGUACUGUAUCUAAGUAUAGAAAUAUCUCAUUUAACAUUACGUUAAAUUACAUACUCAACGUUAAUUCAAUUUCAUUACAAUUUUUCCGUGUUACAGAGAUGUAAUGUGCAGCGUUAAUGCAGCUGAAUAUUUAUGCAAUAAUUUAUAUUUAUUACCAACACGGGAUUUAUAAGCACAAGAUAUCUUGUGCUACUUAGACUUUUUAUACUCGAAGACGAAUACUUCCGUUUGCAGAACGGAUACUGAACGAUUCUUUCGUUUUAAAUUGAUGAGCGGCUUAUACGGCGGUGGUUAGAAUAGUUAGAAACAACCAAAUAAUCAUGAUAAUGUCACAUGAUAAACAAAUGGGUUUGCUUUAAACAUAUGGCCAUAAUAAGCCCAUAAUUAUGAAUAGAUUGACGUCCAUCUAAAACGUAUAAGACGACAAGAGUUAAUGAUUAGUCAGUAGUCAGACUUCAAUCAUUGUGAUGUCCGCUGCCACAGCAGCCCUUUGUCGCGUGUCGCGUCAGGCCCACAGCCGGGCCAACGCAUGAUGGCGCGACAGUAUCUCGCCCGCGAGAUAGACUACCCGUCUUUUUCUAAAUGUUUUAAUUA